AUGGAGAACCUCCCGCCCUCCGCAUUCGCGCAGGGCGCUUCGCAGUAUGCCACUGCACCUGAACCCUCUUUCCAAGACCCCUCGAUCGCAGACAUUAGCAAUCUGGCGGACGGCGCUCCCGAUGGAGACAGCAACUACGUCCCCCGUCCCAAGCGCAUCGCAUGCGUCGUCUGCCGACGACGAAAGUUGAGAUGUGAUGGAAAACGACCGAGCUGUGGAACGUGCUCGCGCUUAGGCCAUGAUUGCUCCUACGACGAAGUGCGCAAGAAGAGUGGCCCAAAGCGGGGGUACGUGAAGCAGCUGGAGGCACGCCUGGCUCAAGUCGAGACCCUUCUCAAAGGGCAAGAGUCCGAUCCUGCGCCGCGACCCUCCCCGCCUCAACCGCACGAGCAUUCGUUUACCGCGCCUGUCAACGAUGAUUCCAUACUCGGUCUGCCAGACAUCUCGGGUCUUGGGAACGACAUCGGUAUCCCAAUGCCACCGUCUGCAAAUGGGCUCGGUACAUCGCAGCCGAGCCAAAUGCUGUUCCAAGGACCUACUGUGACCCUAAACGAUCCGCAGUGGGACCUGAUUAGCCUCGGGCUGGAGGAGCCUCUCCCGACCCAGGAAGUUGUUGACGAACUGGACAACAUUUUCUUCGAGAAAGUCUAUCCGAUGCUGCCUAUCAUCCACCGUCCUCGAUACUAUGCUAGCCUGAACCUCGCCCCUCAUAUGCGGCCUCCCAUUUGCCUACGGUACAUGAUGUGGUGUCACGCAGCAUCCGUAAGCGACAAAUACUACUCUUUGCAUAACCAUUUCUACCAGCGCUCUCGCAAGUAUGCUGAAGCAGAUGAGAUGAAAGGAUUCGGAGAGCAUAUCAUCAGCUUGGCGCAUUGCCAAACUUGGAUUCUGAUUGGAAGCUAUGAGUUCCGAAUGAUAUAUUUCCCCCGAGCAUGGCUCAGUGUCGGUAAAGCGACGCGGCUGGCAUUGAUGAUGGGCCUCAACCGGCUGGAUGGUAAUGGGCUCGAUGUCAAGCAGUCCAUAAUUCCACCCAAAGAUUGGACGGAACGCGAAGAACGCCGGAGAACGUUUUGGAUGGCUUUCUGUACUGACCGAUAUGCCAGCAUCGGAACUGGCUGGCCUAUGGUCAUUGAUGAAGACGAUAUCAUGACAAAUCUUCCUGCCUCUGAAGAGUCAUUCCUGAAGAGCAAGCCACAGCGCACCCUUCGGCUAUCCGACAUCAUUGCCGGUGAGGGUGUAUCUACACUAGGUCCGCUUGCUUGUGUGUGUGUUUUGGCGAAUCUAUUUGGUCGGAAUCUCGUCCACAUUCAUCGACCUCAGCCACACGACAAUGACCAUGACCUCAAUGGCGAGUUUUGGAAGCGUCAUCGGAGCCAUGACAAUAUCCUUCUUCACAUCGCACUUUCAUUGCCCGAGCACCUUCGGCUUCCGAGUGGUAUGGAUGAUGUCAAUGUUAUCUUUGCCAAUAUGAGCAUCCAUACGUCCACCAUUUGUCUUCACCAAGCAGCAAUCUUCAAGGCCGAGAAGAACAAGAUGCCAAAUCAGAUUAUACUCGAAAGUAAACGCAGGUGUCUUGUGGCAGCGAGCCAGAUUUCAAGCAUCAUGAAAAUGGUCAGCCACAUUGAUUUAUCGAGCUUGAACCCCUUCAUGUCGUUCUGCCUAUACAUCUCAGCGCGAGUAUUCGUGCAGUAUCUUAAAUCUCGCCCCGAUGACUCAACAGUCUACUCCUCGCUGCAAUUUGUCGUCUCAGCUCUCAAUGCGAUGAAAUCCAAGAAUCCUCUCACCGAGUCCUUCCUCGUGCAACUGGACGUUGAUCUUGAAGGAACUGGAAUUCGGGCGGUAGAUAAUACAAAAUCCGGCUCCGGAAUCAGCCGUGCUGUGCAAGUGAUGCAAACCUAUUGUUCCGAGACUGUCGAUUGCUCUAAUAUGUACUCCAUUUCCCAACCACAAGGCGGUGGAGGGCAAAAUGAGUCCUCGCAAGACAAGUCGAAUUUGAGAAGCUCUGGUCGUGUUCCGGCAACUGGCAUGACUGCAUCUCUCCCUAGCCGGCACAGGGAUUUACCAAUCGUCGACCCCGAACGGGGACUCCCAGGCAGUGAAUCGCAGCACUUCUACCCCCACCAUAUACGAAAGGUGGACGGAAAUAGUGAGGCAAAUGGCCAGGGCCUCAUUGACGUAGACAUGGAUUUCUCGCCCGAUUUUGGCCUCGGCGAUAGAAACCCGCCAUCCGAUCACCCUACGCCCUCAACCUUGAACUCAUCCUCCAACACAUCUUAUUCCGUAUCUGGGGCCGACAACCCCUCUCCGGGGAGGAAGCAGCAAAAGACUGCCUCGAGUUACCCAUCCUCAAGCUCCACCACAUCUUUUGAAAAAGUCCACUCCGUUCAUAUUUCUCCCGCUACCACAGAAUCUCCUCAGGUCCUCGAUCUGAACUCCAUACCCAGUCAGGUUUACGGGACCAGUACCACGAGUCCUAUGGGGAGUACGGGUGCUGCCAAUGCAUUCACUAUGCCUGCUGACUGGGACGUACCUACCCCGAGUCAGGGCUUGAGUAAUGUUGACUUUGGAGCCGUCAAUGUGGAGUCUUUCAGUGACGCCCAAUGGGCUCAGAUCCUGAACAACGGGAAUGGUUCGGGCUGGGAGAAUUGGCGACCAUCGUGA